CCAAGGUUUUCUUCUGGAGAGCGGGAGGGAGACGAUGCCUAGAUUAGUUGGCGCUAGGGCAUUCUUCUCCUCCGCCGCGUCUUCCUCCUCGUCCCUGACAUCGGCAUCGGUGUCGCUAUGGAUUUCUCCAGGAAUUGGUGGCAAUGUGGGGCUUUUCCCGCGCCAGCACGCCCUAUGGCUGUUCCGGCGAGGAAUGUCCUCCAAGAUCAGCAUGAGCUUGCGCUCCGGCAUCGUAGGGCUCCCUAAUGUCGGCAAAUCCACGCUCUUCAAUGCUCUGGUAGAGAAUGCCAAAGCUCAGGCAGCGAAUUUUCCCUUCUGCACGAUUGAACCGAAUGUUGGAAUUGUGGCAGUUCCAGAUACUCGCUUGAGCGUGCUCACCGAUAUAAGUAGCUCCAAGCAAACUGUGCCCGCUAGCAUGGAGUUUGUGGACAUUGCUGGGCUCGUCAAAGGUGCGAGUAAAGGUGAGGGCCUUGGUAACAAGUUUCUUCAGCACAUACGUGAAGUUGACUCGAUUGUCCAGGUUGUGAGGUGUUUCGACGACUCGGACAUCCUCCAUGUCAAUGGUAAAGUUGAUCCGGAGGCAGACAUUGACAUUAUCAACUUGGAGCUUGCAUUUUCUGAUAUCGCACAGAUCGAGAAAAGAUUGGAGAAGCUUAAAAAGGGGAGAGCUAAAGAUCCACAAACCAAAGCCAAGGAAGAUAUGGAAGCUGCUGCACUAGAGAGGAUAAACGAGGCUUUACUGGCUGGAAAGGCCGCAAGAACCGUCGACCUUUCCAACGAUGAGAGGAAACAAGUCCAACAGUUGUGUCUACUCACGAUGAAACCCGUUAUAUAUGCUGCCAACGUAGCUGAGACAGACCUCGGAGACCCUUCUAAAAACGAGUACGUUCAGAGGGUUGUGAAGACAGCUGCUGAUCUCGGCUCCGAAGCAGUGGUUGUUUCUGCUCAAGUAGAAUCGGAGCUUGCGGAACUUGAUGCCAAGGAGAGGAAAGAGUUUUUGGAGUCACUUGGAGCAGCUGAAGGUGGACUUGGAUCUCUUGUCAAAGCAACUUACAGCCUUCUGGGGUUACGGACGUACUUCACCACCGGAGAAAAGGAGACCAAGGCAUGGACGAUCAAGUCAGGCAUGACUGCGCCCCAAGCAGCGGGCGUAAUACAUUCGGAUUUUGAGCGUGGAUUCAUAAGAGCUGAGACGGUUGCCUACAAAGAUUUCGUAUCGGUUGGCUCGCUACAGGCCGCGAGAGAGAAGGGACUGCUAAGAUCAGAAGGCAAAGACUACGUUGUACAGGAAGGCGACGUGAUGCUCUUUCGUUUCAACGUGUGAGGAAUGCUGCUCAAUCGAAGGCAGUCAUACUCAUCAUGUGUACCUUGGUCUGAUAGUAACAUCUCGUUGGUGGGCACUUUUUUCACAUCUUACAGAGGAACAAUGCGGAAGAAAUUAAAGGAAAACGGUUAAAGAUACAGCAGUUCAGCCGACAGGCUGAGAAAAAAAUUUCAGGGAAAAAAAUCACGGAAAAGAAAAAGAAAAAAUUAAUCUUCGA